GUGCACGGUGUAUGUAUGCGCCACGUUAGGAGAGCCGGAAACAGGCGAUUUGUGUGAACAGAUCUGAUUUAUCUCACAAGUCCAGUUAGUGCAGUAUAAAGGCAGGAUGGUGGACAGUAUUUACCGCACGCGCUCUCUCGGUGUGGCCGCUGUCGGCCUGCCGGAUCAGUACGCGGACGGUAAAGCGGCCAAAGUGUGGCAGCUGUACAUCGGAGACACGAAGAGCCGCACGGAGGAGUACCGCAGCUGGGUGGUGUCUCUGCUCAAACAACAGGGCUGUAAGACUGUGCUGGAUGUGGCAUGCGGCACGGGUGUGGACUCAAUCAUGCUGCUGGAGGAGGGAUUCAAGGUGGUCAGUGUAGAUGCCAGUGAUAAGAUGCUGAAGUAUGCACUCAAGGAGAGAUGGGAGAGGAGAAAAGAGCCAGCGUUUGAUAAUUGGGUAAUCGAAGAGGCUAACUGGCUCACCCUAGCCGAUGAUAUACAGAAGCCAGGAGACGGAUUUGAUGCCGUUAUCUGCCUGGGGAACUCAUUUGCUCAUUUACCGGAUUUUAAAGGGGAUCAGAGUGAUCAGAAGCUGGCUCUGCAGAACAUAGCCAGCAUGGUGAAACCUGGAGGAAUCCUCAUCAUCGAUCACCGUAACUACGACUACAUCCUCGAGACAGGCAAAGCUCCACAGGGCAAGAACAUUUAUUACCAGAGUGAUUUGAAACAAGCCAUCGACACAUCUGUACUCUGGGUGAACAACAGGCCCACCAUGGUGACGUUGGACUACUCGCUGGAGAUCCCACAACCUGAAGGAUCGCAGAAAGCACCUGAGAUGAGUAAAUUCCGCCUGUCGUAUUACCCACACCAGCUGGAGAGCUUCAUGGAGCUGCUGAAGGCCGCGUUCUUUGGAAAGUGCAAGCAGAAUGUAUUUGGUGAUUUCAAGCAUUAUACUCCAGGACAAGGAGAAGCUCCUCGUUACUUCAUCCACGUUAUUGAAAAGACUGCUUAAGGCAAUCUUUAUGACCCAAAGAGCUCUAAUUUUUAUUUUAUCUGUACUUUUGAUUCAUCCGCAUUAUUUCUGCUUCAUUUGCUGUUGUUUUAAUGGAGGUCUGACCUUGAAAGCCUUCCACAACAACAAAGGCUGAGCUGAAGACACAACACAAUUGCACAACUGCAGAUCAUGACUUCACAACAGAAUGUGUGAAACCCAAAGAGUAUUGGGGUUUAAAUGCUUAUUCACCGCAGUGCAGCUCAUGUUCGUGUGUGUGUGUGUGUGUGUGUGCGUGUGCCGCUGAAUAUUUUGUCCAUCAUUCCACUCACCCAACAGCAUGAUCUGGAGAUUGAAGGUUAUUGCUUAUCUGUGCCAGGAAUUUCAAACUUAAUGAUUUCUAUGAUCCUAAACUUUUAUAAUCUUGUUUUAAUUUUAAAUGCAUAGAUCUGCAUUGCAAAAUUUUAAUCCACAACCACAUGCCUUAAACUGAAGCUGACAGAAAGAAUAAAGUUGUGUCUAGUCAUCCAAAUCCUCCAUUAAAAUUAACUAGGAAAAUCUUUUACACAUAUAACUGGCUUACUUUUUACUUUGCUUUUCAUCCAGCUUUACUGGUAGCCAUCUUUUGUUUAAAAAGUCGUUGCUGAACUCGUCAAUGCCAGACUGAGCCAGAGACCCAAAAGUUCUUAUUAGUCCAUGUAGUCUGAAUAAGGAUGGAGUCUGUACAGUUGUAUUUUUUCAAAUUGGAUGCCGUGUGUAUUAAUUCAGCAGAGGCCUUUAAAGGAAACUCCACCCUGAUUGACUUUAAUGGUGCCUAAAUGACUUAAAUGGUACUGAAUGAUGUAGUGAAAUUCUGAGUGGACUUUUUUAUUUUAAACUUUUUUUUUCACUCACUCUAUUUUGACCUUGGUUAAAUAUUUCCUAUUUUACCCACUGAUAGUGGGGCCAGUGAGAUUUAUCUCUCGCUUCAUCUCUACCUAAAGAGAGUGAUGCAGCAGCGCUUUAAGCUCUCUCACCUCCUUAUGUGUACACUCUGCUAAAACAGAUCAGCUUCCGAAGUUUUAAUACUACUUUUAAUACUAAUACCACUAGUACUAAUUUUAAUACUAAUACCAUCGUCAAAGCCGUCAUACUCGUCAUCUGCGACAUAAGAGAGGCACACAAUCGAUAACUUCUCACAGGGUUAACGAACUAAACAUAUAUCUAAACCUGUUUAAUGUUUUUGAGGGUGGAGCUUACCUUUAGGACUGCGACAGUAUUUACAAAGCUCACAGUCUCCAUCUGUUGAACUGAUCAUAGAUGUGAAAAUGUUUGAAGGUGCACUACAGAAAAAUGUAGUAAGUAUACUACUACAGUAUAAAAAGUAUACAGUUUCUUGUCCAAACCUUUUGUUGAUAUGUUUUAAUGGUUCACUAGCUGAAUUCUGUGUGUUUGUUUGGUUUGUGCUGAUGGAACACCAAAGUGCAAAGUUCGGGUACAAUUUGUAUAACCACUGACUGUCCUAUGGUAACCUGAAAUGAAUGAUUUGCAAUUUCAGGACCUUUUCAAGAUCAUUUGUAAUUAUAUUGCCAUGUGUCAAUAUAUUGUUAUUGCUAAAGUACUGUUUAUGUGUAGGUAAGAAUCUACAUUAUACUGACGUAGUACUUUGGGAGCCAGAAUUGCAGUAUAACCACAUAUCAUCACGUGAAUGUUUAUUUUAAGGCAGCAACUGGUUUUGAACCCUGAUGAGUUCAGUUUGGGUGAAAGUGAAUGAAAAGAGCAGGCUUGUUAUCAAAAUGCUUUUAAAACCAUGAACAGUGUCAUUUUUUUGUUGAUUAUAUGAAAAACAAUUGCUUGUAAAUAAUAGACAAGUUAAAGGCAAGUCUUAUAUUACAAAGCUUUACAGACCUUUAUUAAAAUUGCUGUGUUAAAAUUUG